AUGUCUUCAGAAGGAAAAAUUACAAAAAUCAUCAACGGUCGUCUUUUACUUCAUCACGAAAUUGUAGAGAAUUCAUAUCUUUGGCUUCAAGACGGUAAGAUUAUCAGUGCCUUUCAUUCAUUCUUUGAGGAAAAGAGAGAGCCUGAUAUAGUGAUCGAUGCCAAGGGAGCCAUUAUUUCACCAGGCUAUAUCGACCUUCAAAUCAAUGGUGGGUUUGGAUUCGAUUUUUCCGACAUCAAAGGAUCCGAUGAAAAGUUGCAACAGGAUAUUACGGCUGUAGCAAAAGGUUUGUUGCAACGUCGUAGCGGAGAUGCAGAAACGGGGGCCGAGAUUCUUGGUGCUCAUUGUGAAGGACCAUUUAUUUCAUUCGAAAAGAAGGGUGCUCAUAAUGAGACCAUGAUUCAGGACGCAGAAAAUGGAAUAGCUGCACUAGAUGAAGCAUAUGGCCCCGAAUUAAUUAAAAGUGAUACUAUACGGAUUAUGACAGUUGCUCCCGAAACUGAUGGCAUGCUUAAUGUGAUACCGGAACUUGUCAAACGUAAUAUAACUGUUUCCCUUGGGCAUUCGGCUGCAAACAUUCAUCAGGCAGAAGCUGGUGUCAAGGCAGGUGCCACCUUUAUUACCCAUCUCUUUAAUGCGAUGAAAUCCUUUCAUCAACGUGAUCCCGGUAUGGUAGGUAUUUUGGGUGCUAGUGACCUACCUCAACCAAGUCAUGCAAACAGACAUCCGUCACCUUCUUCUACUUCUCCCGAUUCCAGUAAGCCUGACCCGCGUCCUUUUUACGGCAUCAUUUGUGAUGGUGUUCAUGUUCAUCCCAACUCUGUCCGUAUCGCCUAUUAUUCACAUCCAAGAGGUUGCGUUUUAGUGACGGAUGCACUUGCAGGCGCGUACUUGAAGCCAGGCGUUUAUCCGUUAGCAGGUCGGGAAGUAGAAGUCCGUGGUGCAAGUGGUGCUUAUUUGAAGGAUACAGACACAUUAGCCGGAAGUACAGUUUCCAUUGAUCAGUGCGUACGUAAUUUCCGUCGAUUCACACGUUGUUCCAUUGUUGAAGCUAUCGAGGCUGCUACUUUACAUCCUGCACAAACGGUGGGUAUUCAAGACACGAAGGGAACUCUAAAUGCUGGUAGUGAUGCUGAUAUUUUAUUCUUGAAUGAUGAUCUCGAGAUCCAAAGAGUAUUUGUUCGUGGUGUCGAAGUUGAACUAUCACCCUCUAGCUCAUAG